AGAGCAUCUCUAUACGAAGUCUGUUUUCCUCAAUAAGUGCUGGAAAACGCUUACGACCAUUGAGUUAGGCUCUGCAUUACUCACCUUUCUUAAUUCAGUCUGUGUUAUCAUUAUUUUCUGGUCUGAGUUUGUCCAAUAAAGUAUUGCCAAUUAAAAAAGUGCGUUGAAAGUGGUUGUUAAAGUUUCUGCUUUGGACUUUAUCGAAAAAGCAAACAUAUUUUUUUCCUUGAUAAAGCGGUAAAAAAUAACCCGGCGUUGGAACAGCUAUUUUCUCUAGAUACGAUCAGAACGUACAUAGUUUAAAUGUCUUCAACCGAAGUAAAGCUAUCGCGGCUGCUGAUCUUAGCCCAAAAGUUUAACAACUUUUACCUUUCAGCAUUAACCAAAGUUAAUGGGACAUAUCGAUUAUUUUAUUUCCAUAUAUACAUGUUCUUAAGUUUUCAAAAGUGUGACAUUCGUCCAUUUGUGGUUGAGGGCCAACAAGUUGGUCUUAUUAAGUCAGAUGUUUUAAAACAUCUCGAAAAGUAUCCAGAGGUAUUUUGCAUUCGUGCUUGUGAGCAAACGAAACAGGGUUUGGUAGAGCUGAAUCCAGCCUUUCGUGACUACAACGAGCGCACUGAGCAACUGGAAAAGGUUUUGCGUAACCUGCGCUCUGAGAAUCUUUUUCCUGCAUUACAGGGAUGGAGGGAUGAGUAUUUUGAGGUAAAAGCAGACUGCAAAGCCCUACUUAAAAUGGAACGGGCAGCCACUCCGCUCUUUGGAGUACGUAAGUACGGCGUAGAUAUAAACGGUUACGUAAGGCACCCGACGCUUGGAUUAUGCAUUUGGCUGCAGCAGCGGUCUAACACAAAAGAGACCUGGCCUGGAAAGUGGGACAAUAUGGUAGGCGGUGGACUUUCAGUCGGCUUUGGUAUAAAAGAAACAGCCAUUAAGGAGGCUGCUGAGGAGGCAUCUAUUCCUUGCGAUCUAGUCAAGAAUUUGGUGUCCGCAGGGUGUGUCUCAUUUUACUUUGAAAGCCGACAAGGCCUUUUUCCCAACACCGAAUAUGUUUUCGACUUAGAGCUACCACUUGACUUUGUACCUCAAAACGCUGACGGGGAAGUCCAGGCCUUCGAGCUGCUAACAGCCAAGGACUGUGUGGAGCGCGUUUUUACUUCAGAUUUCAAGACAACUUCAGCGCCUGUGGUGAUCGACUUUCUAAUCCGACACGGGCAUAUAACAGCAGAUGAUGUGGUUGACUUUACGCAAAUCGUUGAGCUCUUGCACGUGCCAUUACAGUCCCUAUAUACGUACAAGGCUCGCUUUGAGCAAUCCAAAAAGCAACCUCAGCUCUUACCAGGUGGUUCCAAAAACUGCAACUGUGCAAUAUUACAAAAAAUAUCAGUGGAGAAUGGGCACAAGAAGGCAAAUUAAUCCGAAAUGCAAUGUCUUAAAAAUAAAAAAAUGAGCCAAGUUCAUAAAAACUACAACUUUCUUUCAAGCUUUUCCAUUUCGGAUUAUCAGUCAGCUUUAACAAGUAGAAUUAUUACAAAUUAUUGAAUAUUUCAUCACUUAAAUAGUCUACUAACAACUUUUUAAUCUAAUUCCAUUUUAAAUAGAUGUACUCGUUCGUAUUGCUGUCCUCCUUAACAAAGAGGCUCAGACUGUAUAUCAAGUUUGUCAACUGUUAUUUGGUCAUACGUAGGCUUAAAUUUAUCCAAACCAAAACCAUCUAACAAAUUAAUGACAAGUUCUACGAUUCUGCUGAAAAAUUAUAUAAAUUUUAAGGUAUGAUUAGGUAGAUUAAGAAUAAUAUUUAUUGUUUUAGAGUAUGUGUAGGUGUGGUCUUGUUUAGUUUUUUUUUUCAUUGCUAUAAAACUUUAAUUUUCACUAUUUUGUAAAUAUGAUUAUAUAAUUUCCAAUAUACUUGUCAAAUACGUAGAAAAAAACAAAAUUUUUUUUGUCAAAAUAUUAAAUCUACUUAAACUUUUA